CGGUACGCAAGCGCGGUCGCAGGGCAGUAGCGAGCGAGGCUCCCGACCAAGCGGAGGCCUCGACCAAAACUCCGGCGACUAAUCAUUUGUUUACAUCUAAACAUCAUCAGCUGUUUCUUUCGCAAUGAAGAUAACAAGUGUGCUGACAUUCUUAAGUCUAGUGAUAAAUUCUUAUGAGAAAUCCACCCCUGAAGAUGACCACUACGUAGGAGCUGUGGUGGAGUACACAGUUACUGGGAAUGUGGCAACGAACCUCUUAAACUACGCCAAUCUUAUUAAGACCGCUGCUGAUCAGGGUGCUGAUAUUGUGGUGUUCCCAGAACUAACGCUCACCAAUGGCUCGACUACCUUCGAAGUGCCGAUAUAUGGCAACUUACGAGACCACCCUGUCCCGGCUUUGAGUCCUACUUUGUAUGAUGAGUUCAUGGUCACGAUAUCAAACGCUGCGCGUCAAAAUGACAUCUAUGUGGUAAUCAACGGUCGUGAGCUGUUGGACUGCACAGUACCGCAAGCAGUAGGCGAGUACUGCCCGGAGGCGAAGCAGUACAUCUUCAAUACCAACGUCGUCUUUGACAGGACUGGCAAGGUCAUCAACAGGUUCCGCAAGAUCAACUUAUUCGGUGAAUUUGCUCAUACGCCUGCAUUGAAUCCGGACCUAGGAGUAUUUGACACUGACUUCGGCGUCACCUUUGGCCACUUCAUCUGCUUCGAUCUGAUGUUCCAAGUACCAGCCGUACAGGUCGUGCAGAAGAGUAAAGUCAAGAAUGUCAUUUUUCCCACUAUGUGGUUCUCUGAGCUGCCAUAUUUGACAGCUGUGCAAAUCCAAGAGGCGUACGCCUACUCCCUUGAUGUGAACUUCUUAGGAGCUGGAGCUAACAAUGUCAGGGUUGGCAGUGCAGGUUCCGGAAUAUAUUCCGGAAAGGCGGGUGCCCUAAUCAGUAUCAUGCCUGGUUUACCCACCACUAAAGUGCUCGUAGCUAAAGUGCCCAAAGUUCCUGGUCAAGUUACAGAGCCGUACCCAGGCCCCAUCUACGAUGAGCCAGCAAACCACGAUAACUUGAAACUAAUCGUAGAUCCUUCCUUACCGUCCCACGUCAGCAGGCUGCUGGAACUAGGCUCGCAGGAGUUCACCUUGGUGGAUAAGGACGUAUCCUGCACCUUCAGGGUCACUCUCGCCCAGAGGGAAGGCAACACGCACUACAGAUAUAGAGCGGGAGUUUUCAGUGGUGUACGCUCCUACUCUGGUGUAGCAACAGGCGGUGUUAGAAUUUGUGGCGUCUACGCAUGUACUGAUGAGAACAGAAGAACCUGCGGAGACAGGUUGCCAACCUACGUAGCAAAUACGACAGGCAUUUUUGACGAGCUCGUAAUCACAGCGACUAUGCCAACACCAGUUCUAGUCUCCUCCCUUGACACAGACGACUCCAUAGUCUACCCCGUAUCAUCAAAGGUCACCGUUAUGCCUUUAGAAUCAAAGGACUUCACCUACACCAAGGUUCAACAGAGUGACGUCACAGUACAUACAAUGACGUUGACAAACAAAUUGGCAGAAUUAUACACAUUUGCUAUUUGGGGUAGACGUUUCGCUACUGAUGGACAGGAGGCAGACCCUCCAUUGCCUGAUGAGCAGAGAGAUGUGACUCCUGAACCCGAAACCACGACCACGUCUGCUCCCGAAACCACGCCUGAUCCUGAAACCACGCUUGGUCCCGAAACAACGCUUGGUCCCGAAACAACGCUUGGUCCCGAAACAACGCUUGGUCCCGAAACCACUACGCCUGCUCCUGGUGCGUCUACUGUUCAUCUUCUGAGCAAAGUUCUGUUCGUAACUUUUGUGGCUUUCAUAUGCUUCAGUGUUUAAGGUAGAAAGAUAUGUCGAAAGAUUAGGAGAUUUUUUAUUAUAUCUGCUUUAUUCGCAGUUUAUGAAGAGUAACCUCUUUUAAGAUAUAAUCUAUUAUUUUAUAUCAAUAAUUAUUAUUACGCUGUGCAGUUACUUCUAUGUUUGUACGUCCGAAGUAGUUUAUAGUUUGGUUUGAAAAAGUAUGCUAUUGAAGUAUUGAUAACCCAAAUCUACAGGAGGUUAUCAAAUAUUAAAUGCUACGAUAAUAAUGUAAACGGAUCGAAGUUCCUUGGUAUUUAUUAUAAUUGGUACAAUUUUGUUAAUUUUGUUAUUUUGUGGAUUUUUUCUAGUAUCGUAAAAUUCUACACACAUGAUUAUCCCAAUCUGUCUAAAUUAUUUUAUCAACAGAGUUCCAACUUUAGGUAUUUUGAAAGAAUAAAGUUGAAAAUCAAAGAAAGACCUAUUGGGUACGUUGAUGAUCUGGCAUCAAAAUUUUAUAGGUUUCUGCCAAUUUUGGCUGUGAGUAAAUUGGUCUCGAAGAUUAUAAGUACAAGAUUUAAUUUAGAUGCUAAAUUAUAGUCAGUAUGACGUAUAGUUUUCAUUAUGAUUUAUGAUUAUUAGUUUUGUAUUGAACAUUUAUUAAUCAUCUCCAUGGUUGUGAUUAAUUAGUGAUUACUUAUACUUAAUGCAAUGUUGCAUACAUAUUGCAGAAUAUAACUUAUUUAAAGGGCCAUAAAGACCUCAUUGCGCAUGUGGUCAAGUACAAUCAGGCCAAAAGGAAGCUGAGGUCUUAUAAUUACUAGGUUUUUUAAACAAUACUUUUUAUAUUCUAUUAUUUAAUCCAUGUUAUUUAGUAUUGUAAGCAAUAUUA